GUCGCGAGAGAACACACACACACUCGCAUCUUCAAAUUCGCAUUCAUUCUCAAAACAAUACUCUCUCUUUCUCUUCAAUCGUUCCAAACACUUCCCAUUUCCAACCAAACGACGCCGUAACCGUAACCACCCUAGAUCGAAAAAAUCAUCAUGUGGCGGAGACUCUUCUCUUCUCCUCAUCUCAAAACCCUAUCUCCUCUCUCUCAUUCUCAUCCCCGAUCCGCCGUCGCUGGACUCCGAUCCCUCAACCUCGCCCGUCACGUCGCCACACAAUCAGCUGGUUCGAUCAAAAAGACAGUGGAGGAUGUAGUUCCAAUUGCUACCGGUCAUGAACGUGAGGAGAUUCAGGCUGACCUUGAGGGAAGGAAUAUUCUUGAAAUAGACCAUCCAGAAGGUCCUUUUGGCACAAAGGAAACACCUGCUGUUGUUAAGUCUUUCUAUGACAGAAGGAUAGUCGGAUGCCCGGGUGGUGAAGGCGGUAAGUGUUCCUUGUCUUUAUUAAUCUGUGUUCAAGCCUUUUCACAAUCUGGUGAUAAGUAUUGGAAGAAUUUGGUUUAUGUUAUUAUUGGUGAAUUUUUUUUUUCUUCCUUAUUUCUGCAGAGGAUGAGCAUGAUGUUGUCUGGUUUUGGCUGGAGAAAGGCAAACCCCAUGAAUGUCCAGUGUGUGCACAAUAUUUUGAGCUUCAAGUGGUGGGACCUGGUGGUGAUCCUUACGGACACAAUUGAAUGGAUGCAGCGAUUUUCCUUCAGGAAUAAAUUUUCCAAAGAGAUUGUUUUACACUCGUACCUUUCAAAAUCAAAUUACCCUAAUUUAUUUGGUUUUGAUCGGUCUAGACCUUGCGGUUUUUCAACUUCAGAGAAAGUUUCUGUGAUUAUUUAGACACAGGGUUGGUCAUUUGAUUGAGCUAUAAAUCCUGUUAGGUUGUCAUUUUUGCUCUGCCUAAUAAUUGAUAGCAAUGCUAUGAUUCUUUAACAAUGUUUUUUGUUUCCUUCCCCAAUACGUAUGACCUGCAACUACUUUUAGCACCUAUAUCAUGAAAUGGGACUAUAAGUUUUAAAGUUUA